GGUGGGAUCCCCGUGGGCUGGGCCCCGGCUCACAUGUGACGCGGUGACGCCCGCGCGGGUGUGUGUGUGUGUGUGUGUCGGGCCGGGUUGCGGGGGAAGCCGGACGCUCGGAGCGGCGGCGCGCGCGCGCGGGACACGACCAUGGACGAGGAAGGAGCCCCGCCGCCCGAGCCCGCGCCCGAACCCCGACCCGAAGCCCAAGCCGAGGCCGAAGCCCAAGCCGAAGCCGGCAUGUCCGAGGCGUUCUCCAGACUCUGGACAGACGUGAUGGGCAUCCUGGAUGGUUCCUUGGGGAACAUUGAUGACCUGGCCCAGCAGUAUGCGGAUUACUACAACACCUGCUUCUCAGACGUGUGCGAGAGGAUGGAGGAGCUGCGGAAACGGCGCGUUUCCCAGGACCUGGAUGUGGAGAAACCCGACGCCAGCCCCACGUCACUUCAGCUGCGGUCCCAGAUCGAAGAAUCUCUUGGCUUCCGCAGCGCCGUGUCAACACCAGAGGUGGAAAGAAAGCACCCUCUACAUAAAUCAAACUCUGAAGACGGCUGUGUAGGAAAAGGAGAUUGGAAGAAGAAAAAUAAGUAUUUCUGGCAGAACUUCCGAAAGAACCAAAAAGGAAUAAUGAGGCAGACAUCAAAAGGAGAAGAUGUUGGCUAUGUGGCGAGUGAGAUCACUAUGAGUGAUGAGGAGCGAAUCCAGCUCAUGAUGAUGGUCAAAGAGAAGAUGAUCACCAUUGAGGAAGCCCUUGCUCGGCUCAAGGAGUAUGAGGCCCAGCGCCGGCAGUCAGCUGCCUUGGACCCUGCCGACUGGCCCGACGGCUCCUACCCGACACUGGACGGCUCAUCCACCUGCAACUCAAGAGAACAAUCAGAUGAUGAGACCGAGGAGUCGGUGAAGUUUAAGAGGUUGCACAAGCUGGUAAACUCCACUCGCAGAGUCAGAAAGAAACUAAUUAGAGUGGAAGACAUGAAAAAGCCCAGCACCGAAGGUGGGGAGGAGCACGUGUUCGAGACCCCCCCGGCCCUGGAUGAAAGAUCGGCCCUCUACUCAGGAGUGCACAAGAAGCCAUUCUUCUUCGAUGGCUCCCCGGAGAAACCUCCCGAAGAAGACCCGGACUCGCUCACGCCAUCCCCGUCCUCCAGCAGCCUGGAUACCUGGGCAGCUGGCCGCAAGUUGGUCAAAACCUUCAGCAAAGGAGAGAGUCGGGGCUUGAUUAAGCCCCCUAAGAAGAUGGGGACGUUCUUCUCGUAUCCGGAAGAAGAGAAGGCCCAGAAAGUGUCGCGGUCCCUGACCGAGGGGGAGAUGAAGAAGGGCCUCGGCUCCCUGAGCCACGGGGUAAGUACGGAGGGCGUUUUCUUCUAUGAUAACCACCGGCGGCGGCACCACUUCCUGGUGUCCCUGGAGGAGGUCCAGAGCGUCCGCAAGCAGAUCCGCUUGAAGAAGACGGACGCCAACUACUCGUGCUCCAGAGCGUUCCUCUACCAGCGGCCCUCCAGACGAGGCGCGAACGGCACCACCUGCGAGCUGCCGCCGCCCCGGCCCAAGGCCAAGGGCAGCGCGGGCGGCGGCGGCGGCGGCGGCGGCGCGGGCCCGGCGGGCCGGCGCGGGCGCGCGCGCGCCGUCAGCGAGUUCAACGUCACGUACGUGGUGGAGCGCAGCCUCUACAGCCACCUCAACCUGACGCAGCUCGUGCGGCCCGCCGCGCACCGGGCGCCCAGCAAGGCCGAGCGGCAGGACCUCCGGCGCUGCCUGCUGGAGGAGGACGAGCGGGCCGAGAGGAAGUGGGCAGCCACGGUGGACCGCUGCACUAAAAGGGUUCUCUUGAGAAUCCACCAGAAGUCCAGAACCUGCAGUUUUGGAGGAUUUGACCUGACAAAUCGAUCUCUGCAUGUGGGCAGUAAUAAUUCUGACUGCAUGGGUAAAGACAGAGAUUUUGUGUACAAAGAGGUUGUCAAGUCACCCACUGCCUCCCGCAUCUCUCUGGGAAAGAAGGUGAAAUCGGUGAAGGAGACAAUGAGGAAGAGAAUGUCUAAAAAGUACAGCAGCCCUGUCUCCGAGCAGGACUCGGGGCUCGAUGGAAUGCCUGGUUCCCCGGCCUCAGCAAAGCCAGACUCCGAACACCCGGACAAACCCAAGCUCAAAGCCGGGGGCUCUGUGGAAAGCCUUCGGAGUUCUCUGAGUGGGCAGAGCUCAAUGAGUGGUCAGACGGUGAGCACCACCGAUUCCUCCGCCAGCAACAGGGAGAGCGUCAAGUCAGAAGAUGGUGAUGACGAGGAGCCACCCUACCGGGGCCCCUUCUGUGGGCGAGCGAGGGUGCACACGGACUUUACCCCCAGUCCCUAUGACACAGACUCGCUCAAGCUCAAGAAAGGAGAUAUCAUUGAUAUAAUCAGCAAACCACCCAUGGGCACCUGGAUGGGUCUGUUGAACAACAAAGUGGGAACGUUCAAGUUCAUCUAUGUGGACGUGCUCAGCGAGGAAGAAGAGAAGCCCAAGCGCCCCGCCAGGCGCAGGAGGAAAGGAAGACCGCCGCAGCCCAAAUCUGUGGAGGACCUCCUGGACCGGAUCAACCUGAAAGAACACAUGCCCACUUUCCUGUUCAAUGGCUAUGAAGACCUGGAUACCUUCAAGCUCCUGGAGGAGGAGGACCUGGAUGAGUUAAAUAUCAGGGACCCGGAACACAGAGCCGUUCUCUUGACGGCCGUGGAGCUGUUGCAGGAAUACGACAGUAACAGUGACCAGUCUGGUUCCCAGGAGAAGCUGCUGGUGGAUAGCCAGAGCCUGAGUGGACGCUCCCCACGAGACUCGGGAUGUUAUGAAAGCAGCGAGAACCUGGAAAAUGGCAAGACUCAGAAAACUGGCCUCCUGCCCGCCAAGUCAUCAACCGAGCCUAACUUGAAGACUUUCAGUAGGAGUCAGCUAGGCAAUUACCCGACAUUGCCUUUAACAAAGUCACUGGAGGCUCGGAAGCAGGAAGAGGAGAGCAGGCUGGGCCAUGGUCUAGCCCUGGACUCAGCUAAGCACUGCGACACGCCCUGUGCGACUGGUUUGAGCAAAAACCGAAGGAGCCUCCCGGUCUCCAUCUGUCGGAGCUGUGAGACCCUGGAGGACCCUGAGCCCGUGGAAACAUGGCCCCGAUCCCAUUCCCUGGAUGACCUUCAAGGAGAGGCCGAUGACGGAAAGGAUGUGCCUUCUGAGGUGCCGGAAGCCUCCCUGCAGACUGUACCUGAAGUGCCACAGAAGAUGUCCACCUCCACCGCCAAGGCCCAGCCCCCAGGCCGGGACCCCACUGCAGACCACAUAUUGCUACUGACCCAAAGCAAGAGAUUUUCUGACCCACAGAAAACGAUGACAAAGAAACUGGAUGUCUCUACAGCAGUCCCUUCCCGAGGCACAUCGCCUCCACAGUGUUUGCCCAGAAACUUCGAGGCUCAGCCUCCGGCAGGUAAACCCAGCUUACCAAGGACAUCUUUUGAGGGCCACAGAAAAGGACAUGAUUUUGGAGAAACAUGCCACCUCCCAGGCACCAAAGAAGGGGUGGAUGCUGAGCCAAGUGCCCCUGAGGCAAGGACACAGUCAAAGCAUCCAUCCCAGCCUCCACCCGUGCCUGCCAAGAAGAGCCGAGAGCGCCUGGCCAAUGGCCUGCACCUCAGCCCGGGCCCUGAGGCACCCAGCCUGCCACUGAAGAAAGCUAGUCCCUCCAGCCCAUCCGACUGCCCCUCACCCAGGCCUCCGUCAGGGUCAGGGCAGGAGCCCACCAGCCCGUCCUGCACCAGACCUCCACCCUGGCUGGCCGAGCUGCCCGAGAGCACCAGCCUGCAAGAGCACGGAGUGAAGCUGGGCCCCGCGCUCAGCAGAAAGGCCUCCUGUGUUCGAGGCCUGGACCUGCAGACGCUCACGGAAAACAAGCUGGGCUCUGAGGGCAUCGACCUCACUGAGGAGCCCUACUCCGAUAAGCAUGGCCGUUGUGGGAUUCCGGAAGCCCUGGUGCAGAGGUAUGCAGAGGACUUGGGUCAGCCUGAGAGGGAAAUUGCCACCAACAUGGACCAGAUCCGGGUGAAGCAGCUUCGGAAGCAGCAUCGCAUGGCGAUCCCAAGUGGUGGGCUCACGGAGAUCUGCAGAAAGCCCCUCUCCCCAGGAUGUAUUGCAUCCAUGUCGGACUGGCUCAUUUCCAUCGGCCUGCCUAUGUAUACCAGCACCCUCUCUGAUGCAGGGUUCAGCAUGCUGAGCCAAGUGCCUUCUCUGUCCCACACUUGCCUUCAAGAGGCCGGCAUCACUGAGGAGCGACACAUCAGGAAACUCAUAUCUGCAGCCAGACUCUUCAAACUGCCGCCAAGCCCCGAGGCCAUGUAGCCAGGCCCAAGGUGGACCCCCCUGGACGAGAGCCAGCUUUUCACUGUGCUUAACAGGCCGGUACAACUCCCCCAUCUCUGCCAGGUUGACCAGAUCCAGAAGCUCAGAACAAGGGGUGAGGGUCACAAGACUGAGGACCCUCUCCUCCAGAAAAGCCUUGGGGGAGAUCCUUGUGCUGCCCUCUGAUCCCCAAAGGCAAGACAAGCACUUAGGUUUUUCAGACACACAAGAGCCAAGAUGACAACUCACUGCACGUGCCAUGCGGAGCUCCCUCUGGCCUGUCUUUGUGCAGGUGGGGGCUGGAAGGCGAGGUCACCUUGCUGGAUGCCCUGGCCAGAGCAGCAGACUUGGGAGUUCCUGGACACUAUUGACCCUGCUUGUUUGUUCAAAAAUUACAACAUCUGGCUACACCAGGAAGUAAAGAAUCCCUGCUCUCCUUUAGAGAAACAAGGGACAUCUUAAUAAUUGCUUUCUAGCAAUCAGCUUUUAUUUGCCUUAAUAUAAACUUUUAAGCAGUUAUCUGUCAGUCUCCACAACCCUGUAACCCUCGCUCCAGAUCAUCAGCUUCGACUGCCAUCUAACGUGUCUGGGAUGUUUCCAGCAAAAAUGGGCUCUUUAAUGGUCUCAUUCAUUCUAACAUGGCUUGCAUUAUAGGGGUGUUUAUCAGACAGACACUUCAUGUUGGCUUUCAGUUUUUAAACUAACUAGAAAUGCAGUAAACAGCAAUCUGAAUUUCACAAAGGGUCGUGUGCGUAUGUGCGUGCCUGCGCGUGUGUGUGUGUGUGUGCAUGCGCGCGCAUGUGCACGUGCAUACACAUGUGCACGCACCUGUAUGUGUAUAGUAACUGUCUUUCAUUUUAAUCAAUUUAGUAUUGUGCCACGUUGGUCACUGUGUUGCAGUAUUGACUUGGAAUUGCGACCGUGUCCAUUCCAAAAUUCAGUCACUAGCUAGCGGGUUACCUUUGCAGAACACCAUUGUGAAGGUGUGGAUUUCAGAAAGAUGCUCCUAAAAAAGGGAAGCAUUUUACAAGCUACUUUUAUAGGGUGUUUUUUCCCCAGUUCUGUAAUUAUUAUUAUCCUUAAUUUCUUAUCUAGAUACGUCUUUUAAUUGAAAUAAAGGUCUGUUAGGAAGCCGGACCAACCACAUUAGCCCUGUGUCAGGUAUCAGAUUUUUGGUUGCUUGUGAACUAUGAUUUCAGCGUAUUUUGUUGUCUUUUCAACUAGCAUCUGAUUUUCUAGUAAAUCGAGACAACAAUUAGGGUCUCCAUUGCUUACGAUGUGAGUUUUUCCUUCACAUUCUUAAGAGCUCUGUUUGAAGCAUUCAGGGUGAUCACAUAUCAUAGAAACACUUUGGACACAGACCUUGAUCAAAAGUUCUCUGACACUUCAUCUAGUAAUUAAAACAAAUGACUUCUUCCCUGAGGGAGCGGGGAAAGUGAUUUCAUUAAUUACAAAGACAUCUUUACCAGAUGCUUUAUAUUACAGAUUUAUGUCUCUGAGAAAAAAAAAAGUCCUCAGGAGAUACAUUCAUUUCAUGUUGUGGUAUGCACAUUUUUAAAAGAAAUGUAUGCUUUUUCAAAUAAAUCCACCAUACAUACGCCGCCAUGUGGUGAGGUUAGCAAUAUGGAAUAAAGGUAAAACUGCCAAAUUUGUAGUGGACUCUUACAAAGAGCUCAUUUUUGCCCUCUUGGGUUGUGGCAGAGCCCACCUGUAGUACUGGGGGGCUGCAAGGUCCUCAGCCAGCUGCAGCCUCCCAGCAGGUUUACUGUGGGGUGGUCAAGGUGAGGUCUGUAAAACAGGCUUCUCUUACUGCUUUGCAAAAGAACUCUGCGUGGCAUUCCAGAGGAUCCGCUCAUGAUCUUAGCUGAGCAAAAAAGCCCACACGAAGGUCUCAGAGGUAACAGAGAAGUAGAAAUCUUGUGAGAAUUUCCAAUUUCAGUCCACUUUCAGUGUAGGGUUUUCCUUUAAGUAAAACUUAACACCUGAGGUUUGGAGAAUGCCAAACCAUUCUUUGUACUGCUCUGGAAAUCAUUGCCUUUGCAUGGAAAAUUAAUUCAGGGACCAGGAAUUUAGUGCGGAUGUCUGAUCCAAGGGAGACUGAGGUUGUUUCUACUUUACUGGGGGAUUUUUGAAAAUAAUUUUUUUAAUAUCUUUACUAUUUUGUUUUAUCUUCUUUUGCUUUAAAUGUAUAAUUUGUUCUGAGAAAAGCCUGAAUGUCGGUGAGUGGCAUUUGCGACUGAGGUGGCUUGGGGCUGCCAAUGGCUGAUAGUGGACAGGCAGUAGGCUUUAGCAAUACCCAGUUUUAAUCAGUUGUAUUUGGUACAGAAUUUUGGAUGACAAUGAAAAUUGUUGUCUUUGGAAAGCACAAAAGAAACCUGGAAAGGCGGUUCAGCUCAGGUAGCUAUAACAGAACGUGUGUGAUUGUUACAUCACAGCUGUCCUAUUUACAUUCCCAGUUAACAAGAGAUUUUCAUGGCCUUGCCUGAUUGGAGGCCCUUUUCUCUGUCCUGAACCCAGGUAUGGAUGAAAUGGAAAUGAUUCCUCUAUUAGGAAUCAAUUUCCGACACAGCAAAGAGUGCAGUGCAAGAGGUCAGUCCCCAGGUCACUGCUGCAUGUAUGAACUGUAUUAUGUUUGGGGGGGAAAAAAAAAUAUAUAUAUAUAUAUAUAUAUAUAAAACUGUCUGAGUCCAAGUGAUCCUGAUUUUAAAUUGAUUAAGAAAACAAGCUGUCAAGCAAGUUAUAUAACAACUAACAACAUUGCACUUUCUGUAUAUGAAAUCAAUAUUUAAAUAACUUAUUUUUCUCCAUUGCUUAAACAUUGUAAGUAGCUGUAAUAUACCAGUACCAAUAUGUUCUCACAGUUGCUUCAGCCCAAGAAAGCUGUGUAUUGUUUUAAAAAUUGUAAAAAAAAAAAAUAUUGUGCUGACCCAUUUAGAGAAAAGAUGGGGGACAGGAGGGGUUGCCCAUGUAUCAAAACUUGUCUGUAAUUAUGUCAUCUAUGUACUUGGGGGGAAAAAGUAAAUAAAUUUCAUCAGUUGAAACUUU